AGAAACCGAACCAACGCUACAAGGGUACGCCACAUUGGCGGCAUCUGCUGCUCUCUUUCGACUAUCUUUGCUCCGGCUAACUACCGAUUGUCAUUUGAAGUACGCAACAAAUUUUUGCGCGAUUUAAAGUGAAAAUCGACCACAUUCGUAUGAGGGGCAACCUUUGAGAAAUCGAGGAAGGACGUCCUCGCGGAUUGUGCUCUGUGAAUUCCGUGGAAGAGCGAGAUUGCUAACCUUUCCACGUGGAGAGACGAAAUGUGCUGGAAAAGUGGCGGUACUGAAAACUAUAGUUUAUUCUGAGUACUGCGAAAGAUUAACAGCUCUCCAUUAGUUGUAGAAUGGUCUUCUGUAGUGGUGCCCGCCGGCUCGUUUUAAAUUACAGCAACGUCGGUACCAGACACGUUAAGAAUCCAAGCGCCGAUUCGCCCCAGCGAUUCUAUGCUUCCCUGCCUCGUCUUACACCGCAAGAGGUCACGACUAUCUUGCAAGCCAAUGAAUUCACCAAAGAUUUCGAAGGCCCAGGCUCGAUAAAAUGCUACGAUUCGAAUCAACUAGCUUCAAAUAAUCCCAUCGAAGAUACGAGAUCCGAGGCACAAUGUCUUCUCACGAAAGGCACGUUGUUGGGAGUAUUUGACGGUCAUGGUGGUGGUGCGUGUGCGCAGGUUAUUUCAAAACGACUGUUCCACUACAUCUCUGCAUGUUUACUCCCCUCUGAGAUAUUAAAAAAGUAUCUGGAAUCCAUUGAGAAUGAUAGGAAGUUGGAGCUGAUAGAAACUUUCAAUGACAAAGUAGAGCUUGUCGCCGAAAUCAGAGACUUGUAUCACGCCAGUUUUUUUUCGUUUGUCAAAGAACUGGCUGAACAUGGAAACGCGAAAGAAUUUCAGAUGGAAACCGCUCUCGAAAACGCCUUUCUCAGAUUGGAUAACGACCUUUCUUCGGAAGCGAUGAUGAAACUGAGUAAAAAAGACGCCGCCAGAACACUUGCUGUCGCAAUGUCUGGCGCUGUGGCUGUCAUUGCUCACGUAGACGGACCCCAUUUACACGUUGCUGGUGUCGGAGAUUGCCAAGCGGUACUUGGCGUGCUCUCAGAGAACGACGGGUGGUCCACAAAGAUAAUGACGGUGGAACACAACUCCGACAAUCGUUCGGAAGUGGAGAGGAUCCUUUCAGAGCAUCCCAACAGCGAGCGAUCAACUGUCAUUAAAAUGGAGCGUCUUCUCGGUCAGCUGGCUCCCCUGCGUGCGAUGGGAGACUUCAGGUACAAGUGGACUAAAGAAAUAUUGCAAAAUGUGGCAGUGCCAUACCUCGGAGAUGGUGCUAUACCUCCGAAUUACUAUACUCCACCUUACCUGAGCGCGAAGCCGGAGGUGCAAUACCAUCGGUUGACCCCGAGGGAUAAAUUUCUGAUCAUCGGAACCGACGGUUUGUGGGACUUGAUAUCGCCUUUGGAAGCAGUCAGGUUAGUGGGCGAACACAUGAGCGGAAAAGUUACUCUGAGUCCGCUCAGGUUGCCAAAAAAAAAUAUGAAAUUGUCCGAGAUCAACGAGAUGCUACUCCACCGCAAGGAGGGCCUCAAGAAAAAGCCGUUGGACAGUAACGCGGCUACGCAUCUUUUGAGGAACGCCCUCGGUGGCACCGAGUACGGAAUAGAUCACGGAAAACUGUCCCAGUUGUUGACCUUGCCGGGCGAGGUUGUCAGGGUGUUCCGCGACGACAUUACCAUUACGGUCGUCUAUUUCGACUCCGAGUUCUUGAGGCAUUGCCCUCCGUGAAAGAAACGCUUCGGUCUAACGUCACGUGAUGCGUAUUUUCCAGUGUGUACGGGUGUAACGACAUCGCAUCUCGCAAGUGUUAACUGAGAUUUGAUCUCGUAACCUUUGGAUGUAAAUUUGAUUAUAGCUACAAACUGCCGAAGCGUCUUUCAGUCUCUGCCAUGCUUGAUCACAGUUAUUAUUUUAUUCCGUUCGUUCGAUUUACGUACACUCUACUGGCAUGACCUGCUACCCGAGCGCGAGGAGCACGAGGGUUGUAAAUAAUAUGUGUCGGAUUGAAUCGCAGCUGCUUAACAAUUAUCGAGGUGCACACUUGGGGUAUCGAGCGUAGUGAUGUUAGGUAUUUAUAGACAAAGGAUGAAUUGUAUCGAUCGUUGACCUCGACGAGGAAGGCAGUGAGAGUGGUACCUCGACGUUACGGUUUCACUCAUACGAUGUAGCUUUGAGAUUUCAAGGUGUGGUAGUCUUGAAAAGCAGACCCGAAAUUUUGUGAUAUUUUUACAAUUCUGAUGUUUGUUUACGCGCAACUGUGAAUUGUCUAGUUCAAGUAAACUAUAUACCUUGUUAUUUAUUUAGUUAACAAUAAAAACAUAAUUUACACGAUA